AUGGGCCACAUCGUCGUGACCGGUGGCUCCGGCAAAGCAGGCCAGUUCGUCAUCACCGAGCUCCUCAACGCCGGACACAAAGUCCUGAACCUGGACCUAAUGCACAUGGAACACCCAUCCGUACACACCCUAAAAACCGACCUCGCCGACAGCGGCCAAGUCUUCAACGCCCUCUCCGGCCAAUGGACGCUCAGUGAGCCCUUUCCGGAAGGCCUACCUCCACGCCCAGACGCCGUAGUUCACCUCGCAGGCUACGCACGCAACAUGCUCGUACCAGACAACGAAACCUUCCGCUCGAACACGCAGGGCACAUAUAACAUCGUCGAGGCCGCUUGCAAACUAGGAGUCCGCAAGAUCAUCAUCGCGAGUAGCGUAACAGUGUACGGGGUAUCAUUUGCGCAGGGAGAUGCCAACUUCCCCUCGUUUCCGGUCCACGAAGACCUGGACAUCAACCCGACGGAUACGUAUGCGAUCGCGAAAUUGUGCAACGAGCGCAUUGCGCGUGGUUUUGCGUCGCGCUUCGACGCGGAUAUCUACAGUCUACGCAUUGGGCGCCUUAUUGAGCCCCAUGAGUACAAUGAUGAUAUCUUCUACAGCUAUGUGCAUGAGCCGGCGUUGUGGAAAGUGCAUGGGUGGUCGUAUAUUGAUGCUCGGGAUCUAGGUGGGAUGUGUAAGGCGGCCUUGGAGACUAGUGGGCUUGGAUUUCAGGUCUUCAAUGCAACCAAUGAUCAUAUCACCAAUCUUAGUCCCACGAAGGACUUUUUGAAGUCUCAGUUUCCGGAUAUACCCAUCACGCGCGAGAUGGGGGAGUUUGAGGCGCCUUUUUCGAAUGCGAAGAUAAAGCAGCUUCUUGGGUUCAAGGAGAAGCAUUCUUGGCACAAAUAUUUCACUAAUUGGGAGAAGAAACAGAUUGAGAUGGAGGAGAGGAAGAAGUAG